AUGGCAGCCUAUGAUCUCAAUUCCAAAUGGUAUGCACUGAGACCUAGGAGAGCGCCUUUGUCUCAUGAUGAAGAGGUGAAAGAAGGCUUCAUGAAGGCCCUUGCAAAAAUGUAUACUAAAGAGGAAUCUGCUAUACUUUGCACACAGUGGCUUGCAUUUGCCAAUCUCCAUGGUCCAACCUUCAAUAGAGUAGAGGUGAGGUCAGAUAGAGCUACAUUAGCUCAAAUCGACCCUAUUGGAUUCCGGUGGAUGUGGCAUGGUAAGGAUGCACUGGAGUUGAGAGAUGGUUGGACUCUAUCUUUAUAUUGGGAUGUUAAUUCCGAAGAUGCUAUGCAAAUUGAUGUGGAGGAGAUACAAGAGGGAUUGGUUGGGGUUCCAUUGCUUGAGGAGAUAUGGAAUGGCCCAUAUUCAAAUGCGAGUUUCCCGGUAUAUGCAGAAGAUAUAGAUGCUGGUGGAAGUGCAUCUCCUUCAACAACAAUGCUUUCUGAAGUUGCCCGCAGCAAAGGGAUCACAAUAGUUGGUGGAUCGAUUUCUGAGCGAAAUGGUGAUCAUCUGUACAACACAUGUUGUAUAUUUGGAAAAGAUGGAGAAUUGAAGGGUAAACAUAGAAAGAUACAUCUUUUUGACAUUGACAUUCCUGGAAAAAUUUCCUUCAAGGAAUCCAAAACGCUUACACCUGGGAAUACCCCAACAGUUGUGGAAACAGAUGUCGGACGUAUUGGGAUAGGUAUUUGUUAUGACAUCCGCUUUCAAGAAUUGGCUACGCUAUAUGCGGCCAGAGGUGUACAUUUAAUAUGCUACCCUGGAGCUUUCAAUAUGACAACUGGUCCUCUGCAUUGGGAAUUGCUGCAGAGAGCAAGAGCGGUGGAUAACCAGCUCUAUGUUGCUACAUGUUCCCCUGUUCGUGAUAUAACUGCAGGCUAUAUUGCAUGGGGUCACUCCACUCUUGUUGGGCCAUUUGGAGAAGUUAUUGCAACAACAGAGCACGAAGAAACAACAGUAAUAGCUGACAUUGAUUAUUCUCUGAUAGAGGAAAGAAGGAUGAAUCUCCCACUUGGAACGCAACGGCGUGGUGAUUUGUAUCAACUGGUUGAUUUUGACAGGUUGAAUUUGGAAAACCAUUGAAUAAUGCUUUACAAAUUUUUCAAGAAGACUAUCAAAAUGUCCGUCGUGUAAUAAUUUGGUAUAUUAUUAACAUGGUGCUCAUGAAUUCACCCAACAUCAAUAGUAAAGUAUCAACAGUUAGGUAAAUUUUCAUUGGUUAAUAUUAUAGAUUUCUCAUCAAUCUGACACAGGAGAAAAUUGUCAUUUCCUUGUUGGUUGCUUUGAACCACAUAGAAUCUCUAUGUUGUGAUUAGUUUGAUCCUUACAUUUUCCGAGAGACAUAAAGUUUAUCCUGUUAGGCUUUAUUGUGGUUCAAUUUGAAUGCUUAAGAUACUUCUAUUUAAUGAGUUUUGGUUUUA